GCAGUGCGAAGCUGUACCAACUUUUUGCAAAGUAGGCAUAACCAGCACUGAACACCCUGAUGUAGAAAAAGUAGUGAAACAGUCAACAUGGUAAAACAAGUGUAGGAGAGAGGCUAGAAGAUAGUUUGCCGAAUGAAAUUAGAACCAGAUUAGAAGAGAGACUGGCGAAGACUACGUAAUAUAGAAAAAGAAAUAACACGAAUAUUAGCCGAGAAUUGCUGAUAGCGUGAGAAGCCGGUUAGGAAGGAAUGAGUAAAGAAGAGAUUAUUUAUUUAUUUUUGUGAUUUUUCUUUUCUUCGUUUUACUUUUUGCCUGCUUCCUACCAUUACCGAAGUAGUAGCAUUUAGUGUAUAAGAAUCAUCUGUACGACUAGGUUCUUCUCUCUGUUCAUUUGUAUUUCACACAACUGUUGAUGUUGGCUGCCGUUGUUGGAUCUCUCGAAGUUUUUUUCUGUCUACGUCUUUCGAAGAGGCUUUUGUCAAUGUACUUUCACACACACACACACACUCACACACACACACGCACUCGCAUGCAUAUAGAAGAAAACAACACAAGUAAACAAACAGAUUGCAACUACGACUGCAACACUGAGUUCAUGCUAAAGGUCGUCGAUUCGGUUGUUUGUGAAUCAACGUGAACUACUGCUGUAACGACGAAUGGGUAUUUAUCUGCCGUGCACCUCGGUGAGUGUAACAAGCAUGUGUGGAGUCGGUCAGAGUGUGAAUGAAUAAAUAACUGAAGAUUGUUCCAAUGAAGACGAACCUACGCUUAAAACGAGUGCAUGACUAUAUAUUUGUAUGUAUAUAUAUAUAAUAUAUAUUUUAUACGUUGGAAUAUGUAGGCGUAUACACAUAACAUCGAGCUAGUGUAGUUGGUUGGUUGGUUGAAUGCCCACCCUCCUUCCAGCUUCGAAUGACAUUUACUAAAUUCACUUGAUGCUGAGUCAAUUUCAACCGAACAAAUUACUAUAGAUGCGAUAUUCGAUGCGUGUAUAUAUGUAUACGUGUGAGUGUGUAUACAUACAUCCGAAGGCAUUCGCAAGAUUAAUGACACUCGAUCCUAAAUUUGAACACCUUUCCAGCUAAACGACAUUACCUACUUCAAAGCCAAUGUAUAUAUAUAUGUGAGCCUGAGACACGUUUCACUUUGUGCGUGUGUGUGUGUGUAUAUAUAUCUCAUAUAUAUACAUACAUACACGUGUGUGUAUUUUACUUAGCAUUUCGUUUUAUUCAACUUGUUUUACCACCUGAGGUAAUUUCCACAGAUACCAAAACACGCAUUUUAACAGAAUAAACAUACUAAAAUACAUACACCCACACACACACAUAUUAAUAAUUUCACUGAAACAUAUACAAACACAUUGUUUUCUCAUGUUGUCAUCUACUUUUCCGAUUCAUAACUCCUUUCGUCGACCAAUUCUAUUUUUCUACUGCCGAUCACUCACUGUGAUUGACCGAUUCUCAGAAAUCUCGCGCACACCCACUUAGCACCAAACCGAAGUUUGUAUAUUUAAACACGUCUAUGUUGAAGAUACGGACUUGUGUAGCUUCAUUUGCAAAGAAGUGACCAAAAUGAAGACAAUGCUAUGUGGGAUUAAUAGUAAUAAACGAAGGAUUUUAUUAGUCUUCAUUCUGUUAUUACACACGACUGUCUUUGGAGAAAUACAUCGUGCCAAAAUAUAUUCUUCGAAAAACGGUGGUAUCAGCCAUCAUCAACAGCAUUCCUCAAAGCGUCCCACUCUGUCACAUGGAAACUCUAUUGGUAACAGUAAAGUUGGCGAAAGAGGACAAAUUGGCGAAGUGUCACCGUGCGAAUUGGAUGGAGUUGGCAAUCAAUGCAACGGAAGGAAAUCUGUUACAGGUGGUAAUGACCCAACAUCAUCAGCUUCCUUCUGGGAGACUGACGAACAUAUGACAAAUGCGGAUAUAUAUGUAUGGAUAAAUUCAUUAUUAUGUUCUUCAUUAGUCGGACUUUCGGGGGUUUUACCUCUGUUGGUGAUUCCUAAAGAAGCUGGGGAAUCCCUCCAAGGCGGAACUGCCAGUAACAAUCUUAAACUCUUCCUCAGUUUUGCUGUCGGUGGUUUAUUAGGGGAUGUUUUCCUACACUUAUUACCAGAGGCAUGGUCUCAUGCCAAGUCAUUUGAUGACUAUUUGUGGACAGGAGAAUGGGCCCUAGCAGGUCUGCUUCUGUUCCUUUUCAUUGAAAAAAUUAUGAGUGAUGAGUCUCAAUCUAAGGAAUUGAAAGAAGCUGAAGAGAAAAUGCAUGAUUGCUCAGGGAAAGGAAACAGAACUCCAUCCAAGAUCAAUCACAAAGAGGAAUUAAAUCAUAACCAAAACAAAGAUGUGGCCUUAACGAAACUUUCAGAGCCUGUACAAGAGACUAGAUCUAUAAAGAUUAGUGGUUAUUUAAAUCUUCUUGCCAACAUUAUAGAUAAUUUCACUCAUGGGCUUGCUGUUGGUGGAAGUUUUCUGGUAUGCAAUAAGGUUGGAAUCAUAACAACAUUUGCAAUUCUGGUACAUGAAAUCCCUCAUGAAGUUGGGGAUUUUGCCAUAUUACUGCGUUCUGGUUUCGACAGGUGGAAAGCUGCAAAAGCACAGAUCUUAACAGCCUCAGGUGGACUUCUGGGUACUAUAACAGCAUUGAGUGCUGAUUCCAUUGAAGAAGCAGGUAUGAAGACGGCUUGGAUUCUACCUUUUACCUCUGGAGGCUUUAUUUAUAUUGCUCUUGUGUCCAUUGUUCCAGAACUUGUUGAAGAAACAGAACCAAAGCAGUCAGCGAAACAAAUAAUUUGCAUCAUUGCAGGCAUUGCUUGUAUGCUUCUGGUAACAUUAAUCUUUGAAUAAGAACUACCAUUUCAACCUACAUUGGCAUCUCCUGUCUUUCAAGUUUCCAUCCAUUCAUGUUCCAAAGAUACUUUACUAUGCGCAGAAGACUGCAUUUACUUUCGGUAAUAUCUAUUGUAAGGCAUCUACAGAAAAAACCCCACCAUAUCUAUUCUUCCAGAAUGAAAGAAAUAAAAGAUUGAAGCUACGUUGAUAUAUAUACAUAUAUAUAUAUA